UAACCAGGAGCUAUAUGUAUCAAUCCUUUCCAGAUAACAGAGGCAAUGUGACUGCAGAGAAAGACCUGCUACAGACCAGUUACAACACCCUGAGUGAAGAGAGAGACCAGCUACAGACCAGAUACAACACACUGACUGAAGAGAGAGACGAGCUACAGAGCAGUUACAACACCCUGACUAAAGAGAGAGACCAGCUACAGACCAGUUACAACACCCUGACUAAAGAGAGAGACCAGCUACAGACCAAGUACAACACCCUGAUGAAAGAGAGAGACCAGCUACAGACCAGUUACAACACCCUGACUAAAGAGAGAGACCAGCUACAGACCAGUUUCAACACCCUGACUAAAGAGAGAGACCAGCUACAGAAGGAAAGAGAUGAUCUCACGUCAACAUUCUCUAAUCUGAAACAAACCUGUCCUGAAGGCUGGCAGAAGUUUGAAUCCAGUUGGUACUUCCUGUCUACAGUGACAAAGCCCUGGAGGGAGAGUAGACAGGACUGUCUGGAGAGAGGAGCAGAUCUGGUGAUCAUAAACAGUGAUAAGGAACAGGAGUUUCUCUUCAGCUUCAAUAAGAGAGCCUGGAUUGGUCUGACUGACUCUGUUACUGAGGGGGCCUGGAAAUGGGUGGACGGCACCCCACUGACCACCCCAAGUUACUGGUACUUACAGCAGCCUGAUAAUGGUGGUGACAACCCAGCAAAUGGGGAGGAGGACUGUGUUGAGCUGAACACAGAAACCUGGCGUCCUGUAAAGGCAUGGAAUGACCAGUCAUGUUUAGACAAUCGUCACUGGAUUUGUGAGAAAAGUGGUUUAACAACACCAUGACAACAGAGGAGGCUGGUGGGAGGACGCGCACACAUACAGCACCCUACAGUGCACACAACUUCAUUCUCUCUCUCUCUAAGACACAGACACAUAAAACACACUGCUGGUACUCUACUGAGUGGCAAACAAUCUGAUAAUGGUUGUGAACCUGGAUAUACUGUAACAAGGACUGUGCUGAUGUUAAUAUUGGGUAUUCUGAGUCUGUAUAUAAAUAUUAUGACAUAGCAUUUACCUCUCUUCAUAACUGGAUUUGUGAAGAGUUAUACAGUAGCUCAUUAUAUAGUAGUGCUACAGUGCUAAUGCAUCUCUCUCUAAUUAAACAGUGUGUAGACAUAUUGUCAUCUGUAAAAUGCUUGUAUUCAUUGUUUAAAUAGAAACAUAUUAUGUGA